CGCCUGUUAGUAUAGGCAAGCCCGCCGCACCGCGCGCACAGCACCGCAGCCCGGGCCGCCCGCCGCCCAGCGUACGCUCGCCCGGCGCCGCCCGGCACGUGUCCAGGACCGUGUCAUGCACCUGCCCGUCGUCGGCCCCGCCGAGCCCGCUCGCCCCCCGUCGUCGGCGUGGUGCGCCACCCGUUGAUCGGCGCCAGCGCCCCGGCCCCGCCAGUCGGCCUCCGUCCGCGACCAUGACGUCCUGCUGACCGCGACACACCAGGACACUCCAACCCACCUAGUCCAGGCCUCGUCCGCCCAGCGCGCAAUGUCCGCCCCGGCCCGUGAUGCCCCGCUGCUCCGGCCGGCGGGGCCGCGCCCGCACCCCUGGGACUGCUCCGAGCCUGCGCCAAGCCUGCGCCAAGCCUGCACCAAGCCCGCACCGAACCCGCGCUGAGCCCACGCCGAGCCCGCGCCGAGCUUGCGCUGAGCUGAGCGGCGCCCCGAGCCUCUAUGCCACCCUAUGGCGCUUCCGACCCGGGGCCCCCCGCCUCUGACUACAGCCAGGAUGCAGCCUUCGCAGAGGUGGGCCAGGCGGCCCAGGGACCGGCCCGCCCGGAGGCCAACGGCAACGGCGGCGACGCAGCGGACGCCAGGGGAGCCCCCCUGGACGCGGAGCUGGCGGCCUGCCUGCCCGGCGCCCUGGGCAGCGGCGCGCUGGGCGCGGACACGGCCGCCACCUCCGCCAACCUGGCCGGCACGGACGCGCUGCUGCGGCGGGGGGUGGUGUACCGCGGCGUGCUCUGCCCCUCGCUCAGCUCCUCCUUCCUCGACUCGCACCUCGAGAUCUCCUACCAGAAGUACUCGUACCGCCAGCGGCAGAAGGCCCUCAUCGCCGUCAACCUCGUCGACCUGGCGCUCAAGGUGGUGCUGGCGGUGCUGUGGUCGUGGGGGCUGUACUGCAACGCCAUGCCGACCCCGCGCGCGCAGGAGCUUCUGUGGUCGCUGACGGGCGGCGCCUUCAACGUGCUGGCCAGCGUGCUGGGCUGGUGGCGCUGCUUCGCCAACAACUACCUGCACUGGGCGGCCAUCGGCACCUGGAUGCUCGUCAACGUUCAGGGUUUCUUCGGCCAGGGCCUGGGCUUCUACCAGAAGGAUGACUUGGUGUGGUACGUGCUCUUCAUCGUGUUCGUGACGUACGCCAUGCUGCCGCUGCCGCUGCGCUGGUGCGUCAUGGCCGCCGUCGCCACCGCCGUGUUCCACCUGGCGCAGCUCAGCACCUACACGUUUCCGAGACACAUCGCCACCAAGGAGCUCAUCUCCAACGGGCUGCUCUACGUGGCGGUCAACUUCGCGGGCAUGUACACGAGGUACCUGACGGACCGCGGCCAGCGCAGGGCCUUCCUCGAGACGCACCGGUCCAUGGAGACGCGCUUCCGGACGCAGAAGGAAAACGACAGACAAGAGAAGCUUCUACUCUCCGUGCUGCCGGACUUCGUGGCCAAGGAAAUGAUCCAGGACAUUGCGAACGAGGAGGAGAAGGGCGCCUUCGUGCCGCACCAGUUCCACAAGAUCUACAUCCACUGCUACGAGGACGUGUCCAUCCUCUUCGCAGACAUCAAGGGCUUCACUGCCCUGGCCAGCCAGUGCAGCGCCCAAGAGCUGGUGCGGGUGCUCAACGACCUGUUCGCGCGCUUCGACAAGCUGGCCGCGGAGAACCACUGCCUGCGGAUCAAGCUGCUGGGGGACUGCUACUACUGCGUGUCCGGGCUGCCGGUGGCGCGCAGGGACCACGCGCACUGCUGCGUCGAGAUGGGGCUGCACAUGAUCAGGGCCAUUGCCGCCACCCGGAACCGCACCAAGUGGAAAUACUCUAACAAUACUACUAAUGUUAACACUUACACAUAG